AUGUCCUUAGUCGAUGAUGAGUUUUUGAAAACUGAAAGCAGAAAUACGUAUUUUGUACUAUCACCAAACCAAUUUGAAAAAUUAAAACAGAUUUCUGAAGCUGUUUUUAAAUUAGCUAAUGAAACUUUGCUAAAAAUAGUAAAUCAAAACGAAGUAGAAUCAUGGAUGGAAUCAAGAUAUGGUGGUGUUAAAUCACUAUGGAAAAAUGGUCAAACUGGAAUGAAUUUAGCUAGAAUUGAUUUUGCCUGGGAUCAACAAAAGAACUUUAAAGUAUUAGAACUGAAUGCAGGAAGUUGUUCUGGCUGGGUAAUAUCAAGUUUGACUGAGAAAGUAGCAUCAGCUGACAAAAUCGGUAUUCCACUUGCUCCCCCACCAACGUUUUAUGCAAAUUAUGUGCUGAAUAAGUUAGGACCAAAAAUAGCCAUUAUUAUUACGGAAGCAGUUCCAGAAUGUGAUUUAGUGGCAAGACAAAUUGAAAUCUUGGGUGGAGAAGCCAAAGUUAUCUAUCUUUCUGAAGUUGGCGUCCAAGACAUUAUCGAUUUCGCACCUACUGGAUUAUUGUGGAGAUGUCAUGCAGGAUUGGUAGAUCAUUCAGAACUGAUACUCAAGCUAUCUAACUUGAAAUUACCACAAAUUCCUUCGUUUGAAAGUAUGUUUAUAUCUGCUGACAAAUCAUUUUUAGCCGUCCUAAGUGAUAGAGACACGACUGGUGCUAUUCCUAAAACUUGUUCAGUAUUAAAAACCGACUUGACGAAAAAUCUUAAUUUUUUGGAACAACAUAAAGCAGUUCUCAAGGCAGGUGAUUCAAGCAGAGGUAGAGAAGUUGUAUUGGGAAAAAAUUUUAAAAGUAGUUGGGAGGGCAAAUUAAAAGAGGUUAUGAAUUCCAAUAAAGAAUGGAUAAUACAAGAACUUUGUUAUUUACAAAAUACCAAAGAUAAUAGAUAUGAAGAUAUCGCAGUUUUUGUUGCUGAUGGUAUUGUUCAGGGCUAUACGUCCAGGAUUUCUGCUAAUGAAAUAGUAAACAUCGCGCAAGGUGGAUUGGGCCAAUCUGUCGUCUUGAA